AUGGCAGAUUCAAGUUUGGAAGGCUCGACAGGUGGUCCAAGAACCAUGGAUAUGAAUCAGAUAGCAUCAUUUCUGAGUCAGAUAUCAGCGAUUCAAGCGCACAUCGCGAAAACCAGUAAUCCAGUUCAAGAUCCAACAAAUGCCUAUUUUCUUCACCCAUCAGAAAACCCAGGUAUCCCCAUAACUACUGUUGUUCUUACUGGUCAGAACUAUAGUACAUGGAGUAGAGAAAUGUGGAGAGCACUCAAAUCAAAGAACAAAAUAAAAUUCGUUGAUGGAAGCAUCACAAAACCAGAGAGCACAGAUCCAUUGUUUGAAAUAUGGGAAAGGUGUAACACUUAUGUAAUUGGCUGGAUAAAUCUUUCACUUAGUCCAGAUAUUCGUCAAAGUGUAACAUGGAACAAUCUUGCUAGUGAUUUGUGGCUUGAUCUGAAGCAACGCUAUUAUCAAGGGGAUAGGUACCGUGUUGGUGAAUUAUAUGAAGAACUAUACACAUUAAGACAAGGCGAAUUGGAUGUGACAUCCUACUACACGAAACUCAAAACAAUUUGGGAAGAAAUUGACAAUUUUCGGCAAAUACCAUCAUGUGAAUGUGGUAUCACGUGUCAAUGUGAUCUAGGAGUAAUUAGAAGUCAAAGGGAGGAAGACAGAAUUGUGAAGUUUUUGAGAGGAUUGAAUGAGCAAUAUUCUACCGUGCGGUCUCAGAUCAUGCUCUUGGACAAGUUGCCGAGUCUGAAUGUGGUGCUCUCCAAGCUUACUCAACAAGAGAGACAGUUCCUCAGCCUUGAAACUACCUCAGACAUUCAAAUUUUGGCGGCACCUACCAAUUCCUUGAACACUGCUAUGCCUUCUCAAGGCAGAGGGAGAGGAAGAGGUAGGGGAGGCAGGUUUCAAGCUGGGGGGAGGAGCAGAGGAGGCAGAACAAGGAUGCAGUGUUCGUUUUGUGACAAAACUGGACACACAGUAGAUACGUGUUACAAGAAACACGAACUUCCUCCUCAUCUAAGGCAAAGAAGCACUAACUCUGCCCCAGCAAUGAUGAAUUGCUUCAACACAGGUGAAGAAAUCGAUGAGAGCAAUGAUGAUCUCGGUUUCAAUCAACCCCAGUUGGAGGAGAAGAAGACUACAGGGAGCGAUUUCACUCCAGAACAAAAGGAAGCUUUGCUGGCCUUACUCAAUAAGCAAGACGUGCAACAUAUUCAUAGUGUGAACCACAUUUUAACUCAACCUCAGCCACCUCCUCAUGGUAAAGUGACACAUAUUCUGCAUUUUAAAUCUCACAUAAAGGCUCUUAAUGUUUGCAUACAAAAGUAUAAACCUUGGGUAAUAGACACUGGUGCCACUGACCAUGUGUCAUAUUGCCUCAGGGAUUUUUCUGAAACAUUUAAAAUUGAUCCGAUCAUUGUCAAACUCCCUAAUGGUACUUCCACUGUGAGCUGCACUUACUAA